GGCGUAAACAGCUCCGGGCCCCUGUUAGCGCACGCCGCGGCCAGGGCCAGGCAGGUAAUUCCAAGCUCUCAAAAUGGGACACAAAGUAGUUGUAUUCGACAUUUCUGGUGUCAGAACCUUGUGGGAAACUCGUGUCAAGAAGCACAAAGCUUGGCAGAAGAAGGAAGCAGAAAGACUUGAGAAAAGUGCCUUGGAAAAGAUAAAGGAGGAGUGGAACUUUGUGGCUGAGUGCAGGAAGAAAGGCAUCGUCCCUGAGGUCUACGGCAAGGAUGGCCUCACCAACACCACCAACUCACGGCUUCUGGAAAAGAUGGAGAGGAACGCGCUCAUGCGGCCCAGCGCGCUUUCCAAGGAGAAAGGGAAAGGGCGCAGUUCGUUUGUGUUUGAACUGUCGGGGCAGCAGUGGACGGAGCUCCCGGAGUCACUGAAGGAGCAGACGCACCUGAAAGAGUGGUACAUCAAUAAUACCCUGGUCCAGAGCAUCCCCACCUACAUCAAACUGUUUGAAGCGAUGAGAAUCCUGGAUCUACCCCAAAACCAACUGUCACAUCUCCCAGCUGAAAUCGGUUGUUUGAAGAACCUAAGAGAACUCAAUGUGAGUUUUAACCAUCUGAAGAACAUUCCACCAGAACUGGGAGAUUGUGAAAAUCUAGAGAAACUGGAUUGUUCCGGAAAUCUAGAAUUAACUGAGCUGCCCUUUGAAUUAAGUAAUUUGAAGCAAGUUACAUUCAUAGAUAUUUCAGCAAACAAGUUUCCCAGUGUCCCGGUCUGUGUCCUGCGGAUGACUAAUUUGCAGUGGUUGGAUAUCAGCAACAAUAGCCUGAAUGACCUGCCACAAGAUAUAGACAGGCUACAAGAGCUGCAGACCUUUCUCUUGUACAAGAACAAGCUGACCUACCUGCCUGCGGCCUUGCUUAAUUUAAAGAAGCUCACCUUGCUGGUUGUCAGUGGGGACCAUUUGGUGGAGCUCCCCACGACCCUCUGUGACUCAUCCACACCUUUAAAAUUUGUAAGCCUUAUGGAUAAUCCUAUUGAUAAUACUCAGUGUCAAGAUGAUGACAAAACAAUGGAAAGUGAACAGGAUCGCCAACAUUUUGAUAAAGAAUUUAUGAAAGCCUAUAUUGAAGACGUUAAAGAACGAGAAUCUGUUCCCAGCUAUACCACCAAGGUGUCUUUUAGCCUCCAACUUUGAUAUCCUCCCAUCAGAAGUUUGCACUACUUCCCUAUCCUGUGGAGCUAUAACAUUUGGAUGGUGGGCCAUGA